CGUAGCAUCACGGUACACACCAUGCUUUGUAUCCGCUGUUAUUUCUCCAAAUGCCCAAUGCAGUAUUUGUUAAGUGUGCCGUUUAAGCCAUAUUUGAUGAUUUUUCUGUGGAAUGGCAAGUGACGGAUGAACUCGAGAGUCUGCAGUUUAUGUGCACCUCGUACUUUCAACGGCGGGUGCAGGCGUAUGUCACUUCAAUCGGGUGGCACUUGCGGAGACUUCUGCUUAGAUGUUCAUUGUAUUUGCCGAUUCAAGCCAUUUGACAUUAGGUGUACAAGUUUACACAAUAUUAUAUAUGGAGAACUAUCGAGACUCACAGCAGAAGGAAGAGAGGAAAGCAGUUGAUUUGAGUCAUCGGUGUUUUCAGCAUUCUCUCGAUACAUUUGCCUUUUGGAGUCAUAGACUUGUACACAAAGAUAGUCUGUAGACACGGGACGUUUUCACAGGGACAAGUUAAAAUUAAAGUAUUAAAAUACCAUGCAGACUACCACACCAUCAUCGAUGUUUUUAGCUAGUGGUCAAGGAUACUGCUAAACUUAAAGAUGGAAUUCAUCAAUGAAACUUUUACAUUGGAAAGUUAUGACAAUUUUAAUACAAACGAAUCUGUUUACGGAAAGUACUUUGAACGCCAAAUCUUGUCUGGCGUCUGUUUUGUCGCUUCUUUCGUUGGAUUCCUGGGAAACCUAGCGGUCAUUUGUGUCAUUCUGACCGACAAGAAACUUCAGACUACAACCAAUGUAUUUGUCUUUAAUCUCGCAGUGGCUGAUGUACUGACGUGCGCCGUGGUUCCUGUACAAGCAGUGACCAUCUUGAACGACGAGCUAGUCAUACCGUCUUGGUUGUGCAAACUCGUUGCGUUUUGUUCGCUAACUUGCAUUGGGUGCAGCAUUAACAGCCUAGCCUUAAUUGCCGUCAACCGACUAGUUGGUAUCACGACUACGGCUAUGUACCACAAACUUUACACGGCUUUCAAGCUCUUUCUGAUGAUUGUCGUAUCAUGGGGCGUGCCUGUAGCCACAGCCACUAUCCCACUCUUCACCGGUUACGCCAAAUAUGGCUUCAACCCAAUCUUCAAAUCUUGCACUUGGACUUCCAACAAGUCGGACAUUAUCACAUACGCGAAGUUCAUCAGUGUAAUGUAUUUCCCGCUCCAGUUUGCAAUACUCUUUCUCAGCUAUUUGAAAAUCUACCUGUAUGUGAGAAGGACAACUAAAUCGAUGAUGAGACACGACACUAAUGGUUCGGGCCCACAGAAAUGUCAAAGACAACUUUGGAAACGUCAGGUGACUGUUACCAAGAACUUGUUCAAAGUGGUAUGCGUGUUCUUCCUUUGUAUAACCCCGUACUUCAUAACACUCGGAUUACAAAGCAAUGUCGCCAAAAGCCUCCUGUCCUACGCAGGCGUGAUCCUCAUCAGCAACAGUGCAGUCAAUCCGAUCAUCUACGGAACUAAACACCCGGAUUUCAGAACGGCGUUUGCUCACAUCUUGCGUUGUAGAAGGAAGAAGCGUAAACCUGAGUCGGCGAAGGGUAUCUCGGGACAGAAUCGUACCAAUAUUGUAACUGCUUCUGCAAGCAUAACACUGCAGCUUGUGUAACCUGCCUUUUUGUUUACUGUAUUAUAAAAAGUAUUGUUUUCUAAUUUGAAUCAAUGGUCGAGAAAAAUGUAUAUCAGUAACCCCGUACGACAUGCCAUUAUAUCGGGAAAAGCUUCAGUAUAGAGCUGUCGAAUAUAGAGCUAUCUUAAAUAAUUAAGUUUUGAAGGUUUGCAUGGUGAACACAGCAAUAUAAAGAGUAUGUUUACGGUUGCACCAUGUAUCACAUCUCUUUCGCGAGCUUGUGGGGUUAUGAGUUUCCUCCGGUUCUUUUCAAAACCUAAUAAACCCACGAAACAGACUAGUUACAUUGUGAGACCGUAGACUCAACACUCUUAUGAAAACAAAACGAAAUACCAAAAUGAUACGAAACAAUAUUUCAAAAUCGUUAGUCAUUCAUCAGCGAAGCAUGACAAAUGAAAUUAUCUUAUUCGGACUGAUGAGUACAGUGAAAGGCAUGACAACUUAAUUCGUAUUUAAAGCUACAGUCCAUCAUUUGUAAUUAGUGCAUUUGUUCGU